AUGUCCGGUGGCAAAGAAGCAGGUGGGGUCCACCCUUACCAGUCGCAACAGAGCCAGCAACAUGCUCAGUAUGUGGGGCCCUAUCGGCUGGAGAAGACUCUGGGGAAAGGGCAGACUGGUCUGGUGAAGCUGGGCGUACACUGCAUCACAGGGCAGAAAGUUGCCAUUAAGAUAGUGAACCGGGAAAAGCUUUCUGAGUCUGUACUGAUGAAGGUGGAACGGGAAAUUGCUAUUCUGAAGCUGAUUGAACACCCUCACGUACUCAAACUUCAUGAUGUCUACGAGAACAAAAAAUACUUGUACCUCGUCUUGGAACAUGUCUCAGGAGGUGAACUUUUCGAUUACUUGGUGAAGAAAGGCCGUCUGACCCCCAAGGAAGCCAGGAAGUUUUUCCGACAAAUUGUCUCAGCUUUGGAUUUCUGUCACAGCUAUUCUAUAUGCCACCGAGACUUGAAACCUGAGAAUUUAUUGCUGGAUGAGAAGAACAACAUUCGGAUUGCAGAUUUCGGCAUGGCCUCCCUGCAGGUCGGAGACAGCCUGCUGGAAACAAGUUGUGGUUCUCCUCACUAUGCAUGUCCAGAGGUGAUUAAGGGGGAGAAGUACGAUGGACGUCGCGCGGACAUGUGGAGUUGUGGUGUCAUCCUCUUCGCCCUCCUGGUGGGGGCGCUACCCUUUGAUGAUGACAAUCUACGGCAGCUUUUGGAAAAAGUGAAACGUGGGAUUUUUCACAUGCCCCAUUUCAUUCCGCCAGACUGUCAGAAUCUCCUGCGGGGCAUGAUUGAAGUGGAGCCAGAGAAACGUCUCAGUCUGGAACAGAUUCAGAAACACCCAUGGUUCUUGGGAGGAAAGAAUGAACCAGAACCAGAACAACCAAUCCCUCGGAAGGUAGCGAUCCGGCGGAUUCAGUCAGUCAGUGAGCUGGACCCUGAUGUGUUGGAUAGCAUGCACUCGUUGGGAUGUUUCCGUGAUAAGAACAAGCUAAAGCAGGAACUGCAAAAUGAAGGAGAAAAUCAGGAGAAAAUGAUUUAUUACCUUCUGCUUGACCGCAAAGAGAGAUACCCCAGCUGUGAGGAUGAGGACCUGCCUCCACGCAAUGAUGUUGACCCUCCUCGAAAGCGAGUUGACUCCCCUAUGCUGAACCGACAUGGCAAACGCCGACCUGAGCGGAAGUCCAUGGAAGUCUUGAGUGUCACAGAUGGUGGGUCUCCAGUCCCAGCCCGACGGGCCAUAGAGAUGGCACAACACAGUCAGAGGUCUCGAUCUGUAAGUGGUGCUUCCACUGGCUUAUCUUCUAGUCCCCUCAGUAGCCCCAGGGUUACUCCCCACCCCUCCCCUCGGGGAAGCCCCCUCCCCACUCCGCUCGGCACUCCUGUGCACACGCCUAAAGAGAGCCCCAGCGGCACUCCGUGCGGGACGCCCCCGAGCAGUCCUGGUGUGGCCGGCGUGGCAUGGAAAACCCGCUUGAACUCUAUCAAGAACAGCUUCCUUGGUUCCCCACGCUUCCAUCGUCGGAAACUGCAAGUUCCCACACCAGAAGAAAUGUCUAGUCUUACACCAGAAUCAUCCCCAGAGCUUGCCAAGAAAUCCUGGUUUGGAAAUUUUAUCAACUUAGACAAAGAAGAACAAAUUUUUGUGGUCAUCAAAGACAAACCCCUGAGUUCCAUCAAGGCUGAUAUUGUACACGCCUUCCUCUCAAUCCCCAGCCUGAGUCACAGCGUUAUAUCCCAAACAAGCUUUCGGGCCGAAUAUAAAUCAUCGGGGGGGCCCUCCGUCUUCCAAAAACCUGUUAAGUUCCAAGUUGACAUCAGCUACUCCGAGGGGGGAGAGGCACACAAGGACAGUGGGAUCUACUCAGUCACCUUCACCCUCAUCUCAGGUCCCAGCCGUCGGUUUAAGCGGGUUGUGGAAACGAUUCAGGCACAACUACUCAGCACACAUGACCAGCCUUCUGUGCAAGCCCUUGCAGGGAAGACUGACGAAAAGAAUGGGCAGCAGCUCCGUUUCCCAGGCACCCCAACCCGCAGCUGCCAGCCAUCUCGCCGCUCUGAAUCAGACAUCCCAACCGAACAACAUCGACAUGGCUCCAAAGACAAGAAGCUUGUCUCCUCUAAUGGGACUCAGGUCCAGCAACCACAAACUCCGUCCCCACAGCAGCCAUGACAUAUGGAGCAGGAGAGCAGCACGUGGGUGGCUGGGGGGGAAAAAGCAGCUGAAAGAAGCCACCUCCAGCCCCCUGGAAAUAGCUAAAGCCACCCCUAAUGGACAGGAGG